GAGCGCAAUGUAUCAUUUUCCAACUGCCUUCUUUGUGUUUGCUCCGGAUUUCUGAAUCAAGGAAUCGACUUGGGACUUAUAACUUGCACCGGACGAAUGCUCGUGUUCUUCUCCAUAAUACCUGGGUACAUUCUACUGUCAUCAAUAAACGCAGUAUUGAUAUCUCGUUUGGCCACUUCCAGGUCUAAUAUACCCAUUAGGUCGAUAGAUGACGUGCUGACGGUAGGGUUUCCUAUGUGCUUACGUACAAAUAGUUUCGUCUACAAUCAUUUCACGAGAUUACGUGGAGCGGAGAAAAUUGUUAAUCGAAAUUGGAGAGGAUUACUGAACGGUCCGGGAUGUAAGGAUAUAAAUAAUCAGACUAAUUUGGCGGCAAUAUUGUGCAAUGAACGAAUUGUAAUUUUGGAGAGUCGAAUUGUUGCGGCAUCAGUUGUUAACGACUUUCAUAUAAAUUGCGAUAUAGCACGUGUUAAUCGACGCUAUUUCGUUAAUGGUAACGCAUAUCUGUUACGUCGUGGGUUUUAUGGAAAGGAAGCAGUUGAAACUAUCAUACAUUUAAUGAGAAGUACGGGGUUGUUAAGAAGAUUAGAAGAUAAAUGGAUGAAGCUCGACACGCGCAAAAAUGAGCAAAACCAGUUAUCCUACGUUACGAUUGAUCACAUAAAGGGAUUAUUGUACUUUUAUCUAAUAAUGAUUGCGAACAGUUUAAUUAUUUUGGGAAUUGAAAUACUCGUGCGGCGAAAUUUUACAAAACGCGAUUGCCUGCUGAAAACGCAGUAAAUGUAAAUAGAAAAAAAGCACUUACCAGAAAAGAGCUCCAGAAA